UAACAACAACAACAAAAUGGAGUCGUCAGCAAAUGUGGAAGAUGAUGUUCAACCAAAACAAACUAAUGGAGACGUAGCCAAUGAACACAAAAUCAGCAAUUCUCGGGGACAGAAACUGUUUUGCAAGUAUUGGAAUGACGACAAAGAAACAGAAGAAUCUAAAGAUCAGGAAAUUAGGGGUUUGGUAUUAGUAGUGCAUGGCCUUGCUGAACAUUGCUUAUUUUACAAGGAGGUUGCAGAACUUCUCAUAAACAAGGGCUUUUAUGUGUUUGCUCAUGAUCAUGUUGGUCAUGGCCAGAGUGAGGGACCAAGGUCGCACAUUGAUAGUUUUGAUCAGUAUGUGGAAGACGUUUUUCAACACAUAGAUCAAGUGAAGGGGAAAUUCCCUGAAAAAACACCCGUUUUUCUCCUUGGACACUCAAUGGGUGGAGCUAUCAGUGUAUUGUCUGCCAUGGCAAAACCUGAGUAUUUUACUGGAGUAAUAUUGAUAGGACCUGCCAUCCAACCAAGUCCCGAGGCAAUAUCACCAAUCAAGGUGAUGGCUGGUAAAGUGGUGGCAAGGAUUUUCCCACAAAUGUGUAUUGAAAAACUGAAAACAAAGGAUUUAUCAAGAGAUCCUGAAGUGGUUAAAGAAUAUGAAGACGACCCUCUGGUUUUUCACAAUGGUCUGAAGGCAAAGUGGGGUCUUGAAAUGCUGAAAGCCUUUGACGUUAUUAAGGCAGGCUUGCCUAAGGUGGAGUGGCCAUUCCUCGUGUUACACGGAGACCAGGAUAAGUUGUGUGCAGUGGAGGGCUCACAGGAGCUGUACGAUGAGGCAAAGAGCAAGGACAAACAAAUCAAGGUCUACAAAGGUUUCUACCACCAGAUACAUAGGGAACCUAGAGAAGACCGAGACAUUGUUCUGAGUGACAUAGUCGACUGGCUGGAUAAGAGGGCUUAGGAAGGCAUCUUUGAUUUUAAACAUGGGACCAAGAUGAACGGACUGGAAAAAUGUGCACAAGAAAAUUCCCUUUAUCUAAAUAAAUUGGUUAUAUAGCUUAAACAGCAUAUAAGGACCGCUGUUAUUCCAACAUGUGUCCAAGACACAAGUUUAUAUAACCAGAAGGGAAUAAAAAGCCAAAAAAUUAUACGAUUUAAAAAAAAAUGUUUUAUUGAAAAUUGUGAUGUAUUGGAAGAUAGACCUGAGUUAGGUCAUUUUUGUUUGCAUUUAGUUUAACUGUGGUAUUAUACGGUAUUGUUUGUUUAGCUCUUUGCUUUCUCACUCCGAGUUAUGUCCCUUUGACCAAACCACACUCAAGACUCUGUGUCGUUUUAGAAGCUACUUGUGUUACAGUUUUGUUAUACAUUGUAUCUUUUUUUCGCUUUAUUUGAAUCAACCAACGCAGGGACAAUUUGAAUCUUUUUAUUUAAAUCUUCAGAUCAAAAUUUGUAGUUACAGUGUGUUUUAUUAAUUUGAUAUCUAUUUAACAAAGAAAGACGAAUGACAAAGUAACAAUGUCCUGUCUGGGCCUUAACCUUGUACUUUGUAGCACCAAAAGAUUAUUUAUUCCAACCACUAAAACACCCCCACCUCUGGUAUACAGUACUAUAAAGUCACAAAACCAUUAUAUUGUCAAUCUAAUUAUCACUUCAGACAGCACUGUUUUAAGACACAUCCUUAAUUUGAUGAUUUAAUCUAAUUAAAUGAUUCAAUAAUUUGUUAAAAUUUUCUGAAUUAACUCUUCCUUUCAAAUUUUGUGUAAAGAUCAAAUUAUAUGUUGACACAGUUGGUUAGGUUGUAUAAAGACCUUUAAGGGGAAAACCCCCAGUUUUGCUGGCAUACUGUAUCAGGUAGCAUACUAAAAGUGUUACCACACAGAACAUAAAAUAUAUAAUGUGAAAUAGAGGUUUCAAAAACGUAUUUGAUAAUUUUCUUAAAAAAAAAAAUCAAUCAUGUACUCUUGAAAUCACAUUUGCAUAUUGUAACUUCAACGUGUGGUAGUGUUAAGACAUUACUGCUGUUAAUUUUGGGUUUUUUAACUACACUAAGUGAUUAAUUAUCAUGUAUUUGGAAAUCCAAACAGUGGUGUUGCAUGCAAGGAGUUAACAGCACUGUUUUCAUGUGUUUUAGUCUUAAACAACCAACAUUUUAUUGGUACAUUUUGUACCGAGUACUGGUACACUUUGUAAAUAUUUUUAUUCAGAUUGUGAUGUUAAUUGUAUUUUAAUACCUCUGUAUGGAUGUAUUUUGAUGUAUUAUAGUCUCUUUCUGGUGGCAAGUUAAUUUUACAGCAUAAAUACCUUUUUAGUUUAAAUAGUUGCCUACCAAAAAAAGGGUGGAAUGUAUCGCAUUUUGAUGUGUUUAAAAUGGCAGUAUAUGUGUCUUGUGAUAUUUUUUGUGAUAUGCUUUAAUAGCAGUCAUUUGGCAUUUCAAUACUCAAAACUGCUAUAUUAAUAAAAGAUAUAGAUUUUGGGAUCAGCAGCAUGAAAGUUUUGGCCUUUUUUGUAAGACAAAAUUAUGACGAUGAAGAAUUUAGUAUAAUUAAGCUCUUUUAUGAAAACAUUUUUUUAUACAAAAAAAGUUCUUUGGUUUUUAAAAACAAUGUUUGCUGAGAAUAUCAGUAUA